AUGAUGAUGGUGAGAGGCUACAAGAGCUGGCACGAGCACGAGAAAGCCAAUAAGGGUCACCACGACAAGGAAAGGAAGAGCAAUUAUUACAACGAGGAGGAUGGUAAGGAGAAGGAACAGAAAGAGGAGGGUGGAUACCAUGAGGAGCAUCAGGAAGGCGAGAAGGGUGCGAAAGAUGCGGAAUUUGGGGAAAAGGGCGAACAUCAGAAGGGUUACAGCACCAAGGGAGAACAUUCCGUGCACAAAAAGGACGAGUUCGAGAAGCGAACAGAGUUCUUCGACGAGUUCCACGAGGACGGCGACGUGGAGAAGGACGGCGAGUUCUAUCAAGAGCACGAAAUGUCCAAGGGCGGUAACUUCAAGGUGGGCCACCACAACGAAGACGACCACAAGGAGAUGUAUGGCAAGGAGGGGAAGCACGAGAAAGGAAGCCACUAUCACGAUAACGAAGGGCACAAGAUCAGCGAAGGCAAAGACAGUCAUUAUGAUAAUGAAAAUAUGCAUGGGAACAAGAAAGAUGUUCGUGAUAGAAAAAAGUGGUCGUAUAAGAAAGGCGACGAUGGAAACGCCGGUGAAAAGAAGCAGUGA